AUGGCAAUGGUACCGCAUUCUGAGCUGAAGGGCAACAUCCUUGCAUGCAGCUACCCCUGUCAAUGCACCCUGUCGCUUGGCACAGGCACGCGGAGAACCCCGAAGAGCCCCAGCAAACGAAAGCAAACCAAACAUCGCAACCCCAUUCCAUCCGGCAUCCCUUCAGCCCUACGGCACCGCACCACCCUCCAAUCACCCCACACCGCGGCCCCACACCGCGUCACAACCAGCACACUGGCUUCCCCACCCGACUCCCCGGGCCCCAGCACCCCCUUGCUCGAGGAGCCCUCCGCACCAGACGCAAUGUCGCGCGCCGCCCAAACACAGCGCAUCCUCCACCGCACCGACUGUUACCUUCUCCCUUUCCUCUCGCUCCUCUUUCUCCUCAACUCCCUCGACCGCUCCAACAUCGGCAACGCCGAGACCGCGGGGUUCACGCGCCAUGCGGGUUUGCAGCCCGGCGACCUGAAUGAUUCUGUCGCGCUCUUCUUCAUGCUCUUCGUCAUCUUCCAGCCGGUCGGCGCGGCGCUCGGGAAGCGGGUCGGCGCGGCAAGAUGGGUCGGCGGCGUUAUGAUCGGGUGGGCAUUCCUAACAGCGCUCACAGCGUUCGUAAGGACCCGCGCGCAACUGCUGACGCUGCGAAUGAUGAUUGGUACGCUUGAGGCGGGAUUUUAUCCGACGACAGUGUUCUACUUGGGGCUGUUCUAUACGCGGUAUGAGUUUGCGCAGCGGCUGGGUAUGUUUUUUGGGCAGUAUGCCGUUGCGGGCGCGUUUGGAGGACUGGUCAGUUGGGCCGUAUUCAAGAUUUUUCCUAGCGGCGAGGAAGAGGCGAUGCGCAACGGAAACAAUGGUGGUGGCCUGUAUGCGUACCAGGUUAUGUUUCUCCUCGAAGGAUUUCUGACACUCGUGGUCGCGAUUACGACCUUUUGGUGGUUGCCGCUCGGGCCUAGGAGCGCGUGGUGGCUACAGCAGAGCGAUCGCGAGUGGGCGGAGAAGAGGGUACUUUUGGACCGUGCGGGGGCGGACCAAGAUGGUGAGCACCGCAGGGGACUGGCUGGAGGUGAAGAGGAGGAGGGCGAAGAGCUGCUGAGAGACGGCGAGGAGGAAGAGGUGGAUGUAAUUGUUGCGAAGAGUACGGUUGGUGGUGAGGGGGCGCUGACGAGGAAGGAUGUGGAGGAGGCAUUCCGUGAUUGGAAGAUCUGGUGGAUUCUGGCUUUGAACAUUGCGAGCUCUGUGCCGGGAGCGGCGUUUUCGGUGUUUUUGCCGCUGGUGAUAAAGGGUAUGGGUCACCCACCCCUCACCGCCAAUCUCCUCACAAUCCCGCCCUUCCUCUGUGGCGCCUUCACCCUCUGGGGUAUAACCUAUCUCUCCGACCGCUCCCACCAACGUAUAAAAUACAUCCUCAUCGGCCUUGCCAUUAACCUUGUCGGGCUCCUCCUCGUCGUCCUUCUCCCAGCGGACGCGCUCGCUUCACGCUACCUCUCCCUGUGCAUCCUUCUCGCCGGCUCCUACAUUGCGAGCCCUCUAACCGUCGCGUGGCUCAGCGGUAACAUUUCCGAACCCGGCAAACGUGCCGUCAUCCUAGGUAUCAAUGGCUGGGGCAACCUAGCGGGCGUGGUGUCGUCGAAACUGUAUGCGCCGGAGUAUGGCCCGUCAUAUCAUUUUUCGUUUGUGGUGACGUUGGCACUGGUGAUGGGAGCGUGGGUGGGGUAUUGGGGAUUUAGGAGGGCACUGGUAAGGGAGAAUGAGUGGCGGGAGAGGAGGGUGAAGGAGUGGACGGAGGAGGAGAUUGCGGCGGAGAUGAGAGGAGACCGGGGAAGGAGGGGGGAUGAGAGAUGGGGGGUGCAGUAUGGGUUGUAG